ACCAUACAUUCACCCACCCAAGCUGCAAUCUGCAUUCUGCAGUGUCUCAAUCUUCUAGAGAGACGAUUGUCAGUCCAUUUUUACAGAUCCCACGAACACGAUAAAGUUAAAAAUUCAAAUCCCAAGAGAAAGUCAAAGGUCAAAUUUACGAGUUGAUCUUUCCUUCGUCUUCUCUUUCUCUCCCCAGAACCCAGAACAAGUCGCAGAAGAAGAAGAAGAAGAGAAGAGAGAGAGAAAUCAGAAAUGUGUGGGAUAUUUGCUUAUCUGAAUUACAACGUCAACAGAGAGAGGCGUUACAUUCUGCAGGUGCUAUUCAAUGGCCUGAGGCGUCUGGAAUACCGGGGCUACGAUUCCGCCGGGAUUUCAAUCGACCAUUCUUAUUCCUUCGAUCCAAACACCCCCCAAUCUUCCCCGCCUCCCCCCCUCGUUUUCCGCCAGGAGGGAAAUAUCGAGACCCUCGUCAAAUCCGUCUACCAAGAGGUUGCUGAAACAGAUUUAAAUUUGGAAGAAUCUUUCUCUCACCAUGCUGGAAUAGCGCACACCCGGUGGGCCACUCAUGGAGAGCCAGCUCCAAGGAACAGCCAUCCACAGAGCUCUGGUUCUGGAAAUGAAUUUUUGGUUGUUCACAAUGGAGUCAUCACUAAUUAUGAGGCCUUAAAGGAAUCACUAGUUCGGCACGGAUUCACCUUUGAAUCUGAAACAGAUACAGAAGUAAUUCCAAAGCUUGCCAAAUAUGUUUAUGAUAAAGCUAAAGAAGGAGAAGGUGACCAGACUAUCACAUUUAGUCAAGUUGUGCUUGAGGUUAUGAGGCAUCUUGAAGGUGCAUAUGCCCUGAUUUUUAAAAGCCAGCAUUAUCCAAAUGAGUUGAUUGCUUGCAAGCGUGGCAGUCCGUUGCUCCUUGGUGUCAAAGAAUUUAACGAAAAUGCUAGCGGUGGAUCAGCAUUUCACGAUGAUAAUUUCCUUUCAAAAAGUGGACAUGCUAAAGAACUCUUUUUGUCCAGUGAUGCCAAUGCUGUAGUUGAACACACUAAAAAGGUGUUGGUGAUUGAGGAUGGUGAAGUGGUACAUCUGAAGGAUGGAGGUGUUUCUAUCCUGAAGUUUGAUAAAGGACAGCAUGGUGGACUUUCAAGAGUUGCAUCAGUACAACGAGCGUUGUCCAUUCUUGAGAUGGAGGUUGAACAAAUAAACAAAGGGAGUUACAAACAUUAUAUGCAGAAAGAAAUUCAUGAACAGCCUGAAUCUUUGACUACCACAAUGAGGGGGAGGCUUUUACGUGGAGGUUCCUGCAAAGCCAAGACUGUUCUCCUUGGUGGACUGAAGGAUCACCUUAAAACAAUUAGGCGAAGCAGGAGAAUUGUUUUCAUCGGUUGUGGUACAAGCUACAAUGCUGCUUUAGCUGCAAGACCCAUCUUGGAAGAACUUUCUGGUAUUCCUGUCACAAUGGAAAUUGCUAGUGAUUUGUUGGAUCGGCAAGGACCUAUAUAUAGAGAAGAUACAGCUGUCUUUGUCAGUCAAUCUGGUGAAACAGCAGAUACUCUGAGUGCUUUGGAAUAUGCGUUAGAAAACGGUGCAUUAUGCGUUGGCAUAACUAAUACUGUUGGUAGUGCUAUAGCCAGGAAUACACACUGCGGUGUUCAUAUAAAUGCUGGCGCUGAGAUUGGUGUGGCAAGCACCAAGGCAUACACGAGUCAAAUAGUGGUGAUGGCUAUGCUAGCACUAGCUAUAGGAGGUGACACAAUUUCCAAUCAAGCACGAAGGGAGGCUAUAAUUGACGGUUUAUUUGAGUUGCCAAACAAAGUCAGAGAGGUCCUGAAGCUUGACCAGAUGAUGAAGGAUCUUGCACAGGAACUGAUAGCUCAUCAGUCACUUCUUGUGUUUGGGAGAGGAUACAACUACGCAACAUCUCUAGAGGGUGCUUUGAAGGUAAAGGAAGUGGCCCUUAUGCACAGUGAAGGAAUACUAGCGGGUGAAAUGAAACAUGGUCCUUUGGCUUUAGUUGAUGAAACUCUCCCCACAUUUGUGAUUGCCACCCGUGAUGCUUGCUUCAGUAAGCAGCAAUCAGUUAUUCAGCAGCUUCGUGCCCGUAAAGGUCGACUCAUAGUAAUGUGUUCGAAAGGAGAUGCUGCAUCAGUGUGCCCCGGGGGGUCUUGUCGAGUGAUUGAAGUUCCUCAGCUUGAGGAUUGUCUUCAACCCGUGGUUAAUAUUAUUCCAUUGCAGCUUCUGGCAUACCAUCUCACCGUUUUAAGAGGUUUUAACGUGGAUCAGCCUCGGAAUCUUGCGAAGAGCGUGACUACUCAGUAAACCAGGUUUCAUGGAUGGACAUACUUGAGUAUACUUGUGUGCGUUUCUAAAUUAUGCCAAGAAGGAUUUUAGGACCUUAGCGGAAUGUAAUGCUGCUAAAAACACCUGAUUUUUUAGAGAUUAUUUUGCUGAGGCUGUAAUAUGUAUGCUGUUGGUAAUGUGUGAUGCUGCUGAGGUUGUACGUCUUCCACUUUGUAAAUCUUUUCGUACUAGGAAGUCGGAACAAUACUAACCACCCUGUCCCUCCUCCCUCUUCCGACCAAGUUUGUUUACCUUCCUUUAUUAACCUGAUUUCAGGUUUCUCCAUCCUA